AUGAUCGGGCGAAUACCGCAAUACCCCCAAUCCAGUCAAAGCUCCUCUUCAUUAGGACAGCGAGCUACAGCAGCAUCCAAAACGGCUCGAUAGGAAAGAGUUGCAGAAAUCUGAGCCAGCGAGCUUCUAGGCGUGAUGAUGUCUCUACCGAGCCUCUGCAAUGGCGUGACCGACGACCGGACCUCCAUCGAGAAGUGGCUAUCCCUCGGCCACACCACCUGCUCCCCCACUCUGCAGACUCGACCAUCUGCUCACACCACCCCCAACCUCACCCUCCACCGCCUCUUCGACCUCCAGAUAGCGCACGAUCGCCGCCUCCUUCCUUGUCCUCUCUGUCUUC